UAAUGGCUCUUAAGAGAAUUCAAAAAGAAUUAGCAGACUUAGCUAAGGAUCCACCAGCCAAUUGUUCUGCUGGUCCAGUUGAUGAUAAAGAUAACUUUCAUUGGUAAGCAACAAUUAUGGGACCAGAAGGUUCGCCUUAUCAAGGAGGAGUCUUUUUCUUAAAUAUUCAUUUUCCUACAGAUUAUCCAUUUAAACCUCCUAAAAUAAACUUUGUUACUCGAAUUUAUCAUCCAAAUAUUAAUUAGAAUGGGGCUAUUUGUCUAGAUAUAUUAAAAGAUUAAUGGUCACCUGCAUUAACAAUUAGCAAAGGUAUUUAAAUAAUUUAUAGAAUAUUUUAGUGUUGCUUAGUAUAUCUUCCCUUUUAACUGAUCCAAAUCCAGAUGAUCCUCUUGUACCAGAGAUUGCAAAUAUCUUCAAAUAGGACAAAAAUAAAUAUGAAUAAUAUGCUAGAGAGUUUACAAAAAAACAUGCAUAAUGAU